AUUCAGGGACAGCACAGGACAAGCUGCAGAACUAUGGCAGUCCCUCCGAGAGUGGUCCAUCAAAGACGAGCUACGAUCACAGCUCUGCCUCUCUAUUACUCCGGACACUUGUUCAAGAAGCAAAAAGGAGAAAAGGAUUUUAAGAAGUUCUAUGGAGAACUGCGUGGAUCUGCGUUGUUCUUUUAUGCAGAUAUUAAACAGGAUACGUACACAGAAAGGUUGGAUCUUGACCAGCUGAAGUCUAUGGAUUUAGAUUCUCCUUUUAAAAAAAUGGCACCAGCAAUCUUCACCCUCACCAUGGGCAAAAAGGAAGUAAAACUAAAGAUAGACAACGCAGACACAGGAGAAGAGUGGAGAGGAUACAUCCUCACAAUAGCAAAGAAGGAGAUCCCCAGCUCACUGCAGUUGAUGCCUGGUCAGAAGCUGCAGUUGGAGGAUGCUCUGUAUCAGGAGAAGAAGAGAACAGCUGCCCUGGGACCAAAUCCUCCUUUGCCUCCGCGACCUGCCUUCCUGUCCAAUUCAUCACCGCGCAGCCAGGACAGUCCCCCGCCCCAGACAGAUGUCAGCAGCCUGGGCAUGCCUUCGUGCUUCUUCAGUGUAUCGCGGCAGGAGGCAGAGCAGAUGCUGGAGAGAAAUCCUGAAUAUGGGAACAUUAUCCUCCGACCCUCCAGCAAGACCAACAGUUACGGCUUAACCAUGAGAAUACUCACAAACAGUGGGCCGGUCAUGAAGAACUACAGAGUUACUUCAAUUCCAAGUUCUGGAUUCAUUAUUGAACUUGACUCACCGGUCAAAGUGCCAUCGCUAAAUGCAGUGAUAGAUUAUGUUCUUCAGAAAACGGAGUACCGUCUUCUACCAUAUAGUCCCUCUGAACCCUACGAUACCACUCUUGAGAAGCCUAUGGUUCCCCUGUCUGCUGCAACUUCAUCAACAUCAAAUGAAAUGAAACCCUUACCAAAAGCUAUGGUGAAGCCCAUAAUCCAUAAGAGGGAUGAGCCUGACCAAAGGUCAGACAAAUCAGAUUACAACGUAUACUUAGUUCCAGAAGAUGAAGUCAAAAGUGAACAUUCAUUUAAUGGGGAGCUCCGUGACGCUCUGCAGAAGAGGAGGGAUGCGUUGUACAGCAGUAAUGACAAUGGAGCUUACGAAACAAGCACUUGAGGAAUUCUGUUGUUUAAAAAAAAUCACUAUAGUUAAAUAAUGAGGUGUCAACCAAGUGGGAGCACAACAGGCUGCCUUCUGUCGUGCUUUUCUUCUGUCUGUGAAUGUCGUGAAUGUUUUUUGUUUGCCUUUUUUCAUCUGUUGCUUUUGUGUGUGUGUAUUUCUCUUUGUAGUAGUAGUCUACAUGAGUCUCAUGUAGUAAUAGUCUAAGGGGUCAGUCUGAGGGUUGUUUUAAACUAUGCUAAGGGAUUCAAUAAACUCCACUUUAAAAAUUACCUUCAGUUUUUGUACACCUACACCUAGUGGUUAAGUUGUAAAUUGCAGCUGAUCACAGCAGGUAACGGUAUAAAUUCAGAAUAAUAGUACUCAAGAAAGAACAAAUAACAUAACAUCCAAACCACCACUUAGGAGUAUUUGAUAUUGGGUAACAAAUGCAAUUACUUAAGUCUGUUUUGUAUGAAAGUUGUAUUGUACUGUGUAUUAAAAUUGAAGCCUGGAGCUU